AUGGCGGCGCGUCCAGCCGUGGUAAGCGGCCCCGCUCCGCACAUCCAUCCCAACAGCACCACCACCGUGCCGGCGUUGGAAGGGACGCUAAAACCCCCCAAAUCGUGGCGGCUCAAAUCUCCUUCUCUUCGGCCGCUGGAUAUGAUGGAGAGAAAGGUGGCUAAGGCGGAGGCAGUCGCAGGGAAGAAGAAGCGCGGUCUGCGGGAUCUGCGACUGCCAAGAAGAAGAAGGCAGCGGCGGCGGUCGAACAAACAAGCACAGGAUGGUGGCCGCGACGUCGAUAUCAUCGGCCAUGACGAUCUCAUCAGCAACCUUCCCGACGUCAUCCUCGGCACCAUCAUCUCGCUCCUCCCCACAAAGGACGGCGCCCGCACGCAGACCCUUGCCCGCCGGUGGCGACCCCUCUGGCGCUCUGCGCCUCUCAACCUCGACGCUGCCGACAUCUGCUACAAUGAUUUCAAACAAUUCUCCAUCGUCUCCAGGAUCCUCUCUGAUCACCCUGGCCCUGCCCGCCGCUUUGCCUUCAAGGGAAUCCGCCUCCACAAAGUGAAAAAAACGUACGCCGAGGACGCUGCUCAGAUCGAGAGCUGGUUCCACUCCCGAGCCCUCGACGGCCUCCAGGAGCUCGACAUCGCCUUCUCGGUCUUGGAAUAUAGGUAUGGCAAGUCUGAGAAGCGCUACCCACUGCCACUGUCAGUGCUCCGCUUAGCGUCAACCCUCAUCAUGGCCAGCAUUGGCUCCUGUGAUUUCCCAAAGGAGAUCACACAUUCGCUGAACUUUCCCCUCCUCAAGCAGCUCAACCUAUGGCGUGUUUCCAUCUCCGAGGAUGUUUUCUCUAAGGUGCUCUCUGGUUGUCAUGUCUUGGAGACAUUAAUUCUGUCGGAAAUUCGUGAUGUUGGUGGCCUUUGCAUCAGCUCAACAACUCUAAGGAUCAUCGUCGUCAGCUAUUUGUUUGAUGGCAAAGGAGAAUUGGUCAUUAAGGAGGCCCCUUGCCUUGAAAGGUUGCUAUUAAAUUCUUCAGGCUUAGGCACUGAGUUUAUCCGGGUAGUUAGGGCACCUAAAAUAGAGAUAUUGGGCCAUUUGUCACCCUGCAUCCCUGAAAUUGAGAUUGCUAACAUUGUCUUCCAGGGUUUAACCCCAUCAAGCUCGAAAAACACAAUACAUAGUGUAAAGGUCUUGGCACUUAAGUUUUCUCGCCCUCAUUUGAAUGGAGUUCUUGACAUCCUCAGAUGCUUCCCGUGCCUGGAAAAGCUCUACUGGGACGAAUAUACUACAACAGAGAUGAAAAAUGUGCUGCAGUAUGACCCACUAGAUCCAAUCAAAUGCCUUGAGAGCCAUCUCAAAGUAGUGGUGCUGAAGAAUUACAAAGGUGGUGAGGAAGAUGUUGCCUUUGCCAAGUUCUUUGUUUUGAAUGCGAAAAUGGUAAAGGAAAUCAAAUUUGGAGUCUGCAUGAAAAUUGACAUCGACCAGAAAUGGAUGACUGAUCAACGCAGGCUGUUAGAAGUGAAAGCUAGGGCUUCUCGAGACGCUCAAUUCAAAUUCAGAAGUAACUCUGCUUGUUGGGAGAAUUAUAUGGAUACACAGGACUUAUCAAUUGCUGACCCGUUCAACUGCUGUUUCGUAGAUGGGGUAGAUUCUCUGUCAAAAGAAGCAUAUAUGUGA